AUGCCGGCAAAACGGAGGGUUUUGCAGAAGACUGCUAUCCCUAAAUACAAUUUGCCACAAAGGCAACAAAGUGAGGAAGAAAAAGUUGUAGAAGAAAAAAAGAAGAAAAAUAAGAAAAACAGAGAAACGAGAAGAAUGAAUCGUGAGAAGCUGAAAGAAAGCAAGGACCAUGUCCAGGAUUUAUACAAACUUGUAAUGGAUCAUCAAGCACAGCAAUCUGAGGACCUGGAAGACAUACAAUGUAAUGAGGAAGGCGAGCCCAAUUUAUCAAACUCAUUUGUCGAUGCAGGAACUCAAACAGAUAGUGGUGUAAACGGAUGUGAACCAAUGUUUGUCAAUAAAGAUGUACAAACCGGAAGCAUAAACGUUUGUUACUUGAUUAAGAAUGAUAAAGAUUUAAGUACGAUGACUGGUAUUGAGAACUUCGGUAUCUUGAAUGCUAUUGUAGAUAUUUUAAAUACUGUGUAUCCAAUUAAAAAGUCAACUUAUGAUUACAAAUCAAAAGUAAUUUUGACAUUCAUGAAGCUAAAACUUAAUUUAUCGUAUUAUGCUCUAGCCGUGUUAUUCACGGGCAUUAAAUUGACUCAAAUAAGAAAUGUUUUUCUUGAAAUGUUGACACUUCUGGAUGAUGUUUUGCAGUAUGCCGUAGUAUUCCCAAGUAAAAAGGAGAUUCAUAAAAACAUGCCCACAUGCUUUGAGGAUUUUAAAAACACGCGAGUAAUGAUAGAUUGCACAGAAGUUCCGAUACAAAGGCCAAAAAAUGUCUGUUGUCGUAAAAUAGCGUACUCGAAUUACAAAAGAACGUACACUGUAAAAAUUAUGACUGGCGUAACAGCUGGGACUAUAAGUUUUUUAAGCAGAGCAUAUGGGGGGAAAUAUUCUGACAAAUUAAUUUUUGAGCAAAGCGGUUUAAUUAAUCUUGUUGAAAAAGGCGAAGCAAUCAUGGUAGACAAGGGAUUUUUAAUUGACCAUAUUUGUUUAGAAAAUCAAGUAAUAUUGAUUAGACCUCCUUUUCUAAGAAACAAAAAACAAUUUAGUAGACAAGAAGCACUUUUGAAUGCAAAAAUUGCAAAAGCUCGUGUACAUGUCAAAAGAGCGAAUCAGCGUUUAAAACUGUUUCGCAUAUUGAUCGAUAAAAUGCCUAGUGGAUUAGUUUCUCGAGUGAAUGAGAUAUUUAGAAUUAUAUCAGCUAUUGUAAAUUUGAGCUCUCCUAUUUUAAAAGAUUGUCAAUUUACCACAUUAUAA